AUGAAAGUGACCGUGUGCUUCGGCAGGACGGGCAUCGUGGUGCCCUGCAAGGAGGGCCAGCUGCGCGUCGGCGAGCUCACCCAGCAGGCGCUGCAGCGGUACCUGAAGACCCGGGAGAAGGGUCCUGGUUACUGGGUGAAGAUUCAUCACUUAGAAUAUACAGAUGGAGGAAUCCUGGAUCCAGAUGAUGUCUUGGCAGAUGUUGUUGAAGAUAAAGACAAGCUGAUUGCUGUGUUUGAAGAACAAGAACCACUCCACAAGAUUGAGAGCCCCAGUGGAAACCCUGCAGAACGGCAGAGCCCAGAUGCUUUUGAGACAGAAGUGGCUUCCCAACUGGCUGCAUUUAAACCAAUUGGUGGGGAGAUUGAAGUAACCCCUUCUGCUCUAAAACUAGGCACUCCACUGCUGGUGAGGAGAAGCAGUGACCCAGUGCCAGGCCCUCCUGCUGAUACCCAGCCAGUCCCUUCACACCCUGGUGGCCAGAGUCUGAAACCCGUUGUUCCAGAUUCCACGCAGAACUUGGAAGAGAGAGAAGUUAUGAAUGGUGUACAGACAGAACUAACAUCACCAAAAACUAAGGAUACAUUGAGUGAUAUGACAAGAACAGUGGAGAUUUCUGGGGAAGGAGGCCCAUUGGGAAUACAUGUAGUGCCCUUCUUUUCAUCUCUGAGUGGAAGGAUUCUAGGACUCUUCAUCCGAGGCAUAGAAGAAAACAGCAGGUCCAAGCGGGAGGGACUAUUUCACGAAAAUGAAUGUAUUGUAAAAAUCAACAGUGUGGAUCUCGUAGACAAAACGUUUGCUCAGGCUCAGGAUGUCUUCCGCCAGGCAAUGAAAUCCCCAAGCGUGCUCCUCCACGUGCUUCCUCCGCAAAACCGCGAACAGUAUGAAAAAUCAGUCAUUGGACCUCUUAACAUUUUUGGUAACAAUGAUGGCGUUUUGAAAACCAAAGCGCCGCCUCCUGUCCAUGGAAAAUCGGGACUAAAGACAGCAAAUCUCACAGGAGCCGAAAGUCCUGAAACAGAUGCAUCAACUUCCCUGCAACAAAACAAGAGUCCCCGAGUACCAAGGCUAGGAGGAAAACCAUCCUCUCCCUCACUCUCCCCUCUCAUGGGAUUUGGCAGCAAGAAAAAUGCAAAGAAAAUUAAGAUUGACCUGAAGAAAGGCCCUGAAGGACUUGGUUUCACUGUGGUUACCAGAGACUCUUCCAUACAUGGUCCUGGUCCCAUUUUUGUAAAAAACAUUUUACCAAAGGGAGCAGCAAUAAAAGAUGGCCGCCUACAGUCAGGGGACAGAAUUUUGGAGGUAAAUGGGAGAGAUGUCACCGGAAGAACCCAGGAAGAGCUUGUGGCCAUGCUCAGGAGCACCAAGCAGGGGGAGACAGCAUCACUGGUCAUUGCCCGCCAAGAAGGACAUUUUCUGCCCCGAGAGUUGAAAGGAGAACCUGACUGCUGUGCACUCUCCCUGGAGACAAGCGAGCAGCUCACCUUUGAGAUCCCCCUGAAUGAUUCAGGUUCUGCUGGCCUUGGGGUGAGCUUGAAAGGGAACAAAUCCAGAGAAACUGGAACAGACUUGGGGAUUUUUAUCAAAUCCAUCAUUCAUGGAGGCGCUGCUUUUAAGGAUGGUCGUCUGCGAAUGAAUGACCAGCUGAUUGCAGUUAAUGGAGAAUCUCUUUUGGGAAAAUCCAACCACGAAGUUAUGGAAACACUUAGGCGGUCAAUGUCCAUGGAGGGAAACAUCCGAGGAAUGAUCCAGUUGGUGAUUUUGAGGAGGCCAGAGAGACCAAUGGAGGAUCCUGCAGAGUGCGGGGCCUUUUCCAAGCCAUGCUUUGAGAACUGUCAAAAUGCUGUAACCACCUCUAGGAGAAAUGAUAACAGUACCCUGCAUCCACUUGGCGCUUACAGUCCACAAGACAAACAGAAAGACCUAUUGCUGCCCAAUGACGGAUGGACCGAGAGUGAAGUUCCACCUUCUCCAACACCACAUUCUGCUCUGGAAUUGGGCCUCGAAGAUUACAGUCACAGCUCUGGAGUGGAUUCAGCAGUAUAUUUUCCAGAUCAGCACAUCAACUUCAGAUCUGUGACACCGGCCAGGCAGCCUGAAUCAAUUAAUUUGAAAGCCUCGAAGAGCAUGGACCUUGUGCCAGAUGAAAGCAAGAUUCACUCAUUGGCUGAACACAAAUCGGAAUCUCCAAGCAAAGAUUUUGGUCCAACUCUGGGUUUGAAAAAGUCCAGUUCCUUGGAGAGUCUGCAGACUGCGGUGGCCGAGGUCCGGAAGAAUGACCUUCCUUUUCACAGGCCCCGGCCGCACAUGGUUCGAGGCCGAGGCUGCAAUGAGAGCUUUAGAGCAGCCAUUGACAAAUCCUACGAUGGACCUGAAGAAAUAGAAGCUGACGGUCUGUCUGAUAAGAGCUCUCACUCUGGCCAAGGAGCUCUGAAUUGUGAAUCUGCCCCUCAGGGGAACUCAGAGCUAGAGGACAUGGAAAAUAAAGCCAGGAAAGUCAAAAAAACGAAAGAGAAGGAGAAGAAAAAGGAAAAGGGCAAAUUGAAAGUCAAGGAGAAAAAGCGCAAAGAGGAGAAUGAAGAUCCAGAAAGGAAAAUAAAGAAGAAGGGCUUCAGUGCCAUGCUGAGAUUUGGAAAGAAGAAAGAGGAUAAGGGUGGAAAGGCUGAGCAGAAAGGUGCUCUGAAGCAUGGUGGCCUGAGAGAAGAAGAGCUGGAGAAAAUGAAAGAAGAGCGUGAAAGGAUUGGAGCAAAACAUCAGGAGCUAAGGGAAAAGCAGGCAAGAGGUCUUCUUGAUUAUGCUACUGGUGCAAUUGGAUCAGUAUACGAUAUGGAUGAUGAUGAAAUGGACCCCAAUUAUGCCAGAGUGAACCACUUUCGGGAACCAUGCACAUCAGCAAAUGUCUUUAGAUCUCCAUCUCCCCCUCGAGCUGGACCAUUUGGUUACUCUCGGGAUGGCCGUCCACUGUCUCCAGAAAGAGACCACUUAGAGGGUCUCUAUGCCAAAGUCAACAAGCCAUACCAUCCACUGGCUCCAGCUGACAGUGGCCGUCCCACAGGUGGAAGCACUGACCGUAUCCAGAAGUUGCGGAAAGAGUAUUAUCAGGCUCGGAGGGAAGGUUUCCCUUUAUAUGAAGACAAUGAAGGAAGAGCAAGGCCGUCUGAGUAUGACCUCCUCUGGGUGCCUGGAAAGGGUCCAGAUGGGAAUGCACACAACCUCCGCUUUGAAGGGAUGGAGAGGCAGUACGCAUCCUUACCCAGGGGAGGACCCGCAGAUCCUGUAGACUAUCUGCCAGCAGCACCUCGAGGGCUCUACAAGGAAAGGGAGCUUCCCUAUUAUCCAGGGGCUCAUGCUAUGCACCCUCCCAAAGGGAGCUAUCCCCGCCCCACAGAGCUGAGGGUGGCAGAUCUCCGGUAUCCUCAGCACUACCCACCUCCGCCUGCUCCCCAGCACAAAGGACCCUUUCGACAAGACGUCCCGCCUUCCCCUCCCCAGCACCAAAGAAUGCCAGCCUAUCAGGAAAUGGGCAGACCAGGGCCCCGCGGGGGCAGCCCAGACCAGUACCCUUACCGAACCCAGGAUUCCCGGCAGAAGAACCCCAUGACUGCAGCCGUAUAG